AUGCAGCUGGAGCACUGCCUUUCUCCUUCUAUCAUGCUCUCCAAGAAAUUUCUCAAUGUGAGCAGCAGCUACCCACAUUCAGGCGGAUCCGAGCUUGUCUUGCACGAUCAUCCCAUUAUCUCGACCACUGACAACCUGGAGAGAAGUUCACCUUUGAAAAAAAUUACCAGGGGGAUGACGAAUCAGUCAGAUACAGACAAUUUUCCUGACUCCAAGGACUCACCAGGGGACGUCCAGAGAAGUAAACUCUCUCCUGUCUUGGACGGGGUCUCUGAGCUUCGUCACAGUUUCGAUGGCUCUGCUGCAGAUCGCUACCUCCUCUCUCAGUCCAGCCAGCCACAGUCCGCGGCCACUGCUCCCAGUGCCAUGUUCCCGUACCCCGGCCAGCACGGACCGGCGCACCCCGCCUUCUCCAUCGGCAGCCCCAGCCGCUACAUGGCCCACCACCCGGUCAUCACCAACGGAGCCUACAACAGCCUCCUGUCCAACUCCUCACCGCAGGGCUACCCCACGGCCGGCUACCCCUACCCACAGCAGUACGGCCACUCCUACCAAGGAGCCCCGUUCUACCAGUUCUCCUCCACGCAGCCAGGGCUGGUGCCCGGCAAAGCGCAGGUGUACCUGUGCAACAGGCCCCUCUGGCUGAAAUUCCACCGGCACCAAACGGAGAUGAUCAUCACCAAACAGGGAAGGCGCAUGUUUCCUUUUUUAAGUUUUAACAUUUCUGGUCUCGAUCCCACGGCUCAUUACAAUAUUUUUGUGGAUGUGAUUUUGGCGGAUCCCAAUCACUGGAGGUUUCAAGGAGGCAAAUGGGUUCCUUGCGGCAAAGCGGACACCAAUGUGCAAGGAAAUCGGGUUUAUAUGCAUCCGGAUUCCCCCAACACUGGAGCUCACUGGAUGCGCCAAGAAAUCUCUUUUGGAAAAUUAAAACUUACGAACAACAAAGGAGCUUCAAACAACAAUGGGCAGAUGGUGGUUUUACAGUCCUUGCACAAGUACCAGCCCCGCCUACAUGUGGUGGAAGUGAACGAGGAUGGCACGGAGGACACCAGCCAGCCCGGCCGCGUGCAGACCUUCACUUUCCCGGAGACUCAGUUCAUCGCCGUCACAGCCUACCAGAAUACCGAUAUUACACAACUGAAAAUAGAUCACAACCCCUUUGCAAAAGGAUUUCGGGAUAACUAUGACACGAUCUACACAGGCUGCGACAUGGACCGCCUGACCCCUUCGCCCAAUGACUCGCCCCGCUCACAGAUCGUACCCGGUGCCCGCUACGCCAUGGCCGGCUCUUUCCUGCAGGACCAAUUCGUGAGCAACUACGCCAAGGCCCGCUUCCACCCGGGUGCAGGCGCUGGCCCCGGGCCGGGCACGGACCGCAGCGUGCCACACACCAACGGGCUGCUAUCGCCCCAGCAGGCCGAGGACCCGGGCGCGCCGUCCCCGCAGCGCUGGUUUGUGACGCCGGCCAACAACCGGCUGGACUUCGCGGCCUCGGCCUACGACACGGCCACGGACUUCGCGGGCAACGCGGCCACGCUGCUCUCGUACGCCGCGGCGGGCGUGAAGGCGUUGCCUCUGCAGGCUGCGGGCUGCACCGGCCGCCCGCUCGGCUACUACGCCGACCCGUCGGGCUGGGGCGCGCGCAGCCCCCCGCAGUACUGCGGCGCCAAGUCGGGCUCGGUUCUGCCCUGCUGGCCCAACAGCGCCGCGGCCGCCGCGCGCAUGGCCGGCGCCAACCCCUACCUGGGCGAGGAGGCGGAGGGCCUGGCCGCCGAGCGCUCGCCGCUGCCGCCCGGCACCGCCGAGGACGCCAAGCCCAAAGACCUGUCCGACUCCAGCUGGAUCGAGACGCCCUCCUCCAUCAAGUCCAUCGACUCGAGCGACUCCGGGAUUUACGAGCAGGCCAAGCGGAGGAGAAUCUCGCCUGCCGACACGCCGGUGUCCGAGAGUUCGUCCCCGCUCAAGAGCGAGGUGCUGGCCCAGCGGGACUGCGAGAAGAACUGUGCCAAGGACAUAGGCGGCUACUACGGCUUCUACUCGCACAGCUAG